AUGUCGAAAACAACCAUUUCAUCUGAUGAAGAUAAUUCGGAAGUUGUAGCUGAUUCAGAUUCAGAUUUAGAAUCUGAAGUUUUUACCGAUUCUGAUUACUCAACAUCAGAUCCGGAUGAUUCAACAUCAGAUCCGGAUGAUUCAAUAACACAUUCUAAUGAUUCAAUACCAGAUCUUGGUGAAAAAGAAGAACCUCCAUCAAAAAAGAAAAAAACAGAAUUCUUCAAUUGGAAACAUGGAAUAUUUGUUCCUAAAACAUUUUAUUUUGAUAAUUCAAAUGGUGGAAUAAGAAGUAUUUCAAGAUUAGGAAAUGAUCCAAUUGAUUAUUUUGAAUUAUUUUUCGAUAAAGAAAUUAUGGAAUACAUUGCCGAAGAGACUAACAGAUACCAAAAACAGAACUCAUCACCAUCAUCAGAAAAAAGUCACAAAGGAAAAUGGUAUGCAACAAACUUCCAAGAAAUAUAUGUUUUUAUUGCAACAACUAUGUUAAUGGGUGUUGUCCAAAAAAAUAGACUCAAAGAUUAUGGGUCAACUGAUCCUAUUAUUACAACUCCAAUAUUUAGAGAAUUAUUUCCAAGAGAUCGAUAUCUUUCAAUUCUACGAAUGCUUCAUUUCGUCAAUAACGACGAGAAGAAAACAGGUAAACUUUAUAAGAUGUUACCAAUUAUUCGUCAUAUGCAAGUAAAAUUUCAACAAUUCUUCAAACCUUUCCAAAAAUUAUGCAUCGACGAAAGUAUUUUACCGUGGAAAGGUAAUUUAUCAUUUAGACAAUACAUACCAUCAAAGCGGCAUCGAUUUGGUAUCAAGUUAUUCAUUCUCUGCGAUUGUGAAACAAACUACAUAUUAGAUUUUAUUAUCUAUACAGGUGCUGAUACAGAAAUUGAAAGAAUUGAUGAUUUGGGAGUAUCGGGAUCAAUUGUAAUGACACUGUUGAAACCUUAUCUUCAAAAAGGACAUGUAUUAUACACAGAUAACUGGUAUACAAGUCCAAAAUUAUUUUUAGAACUUUAUUAUCAAGGUACAGGAGCAGUAGGAACAGUAAAGAAAAAGAGGAAGAGUAUGCCCUCUUUGACAAAAAAGUUAAAUAGAGGACAAGAAAUACAUAUGCAUUGUGAAUCUAUGUUAGCUUUAAAAUGGAUGGAUAAACGUGAAGUUUACAUGUUAUCAACUGUUCAUGAUUCACAAAUGAUUACGAUUGAUAGACUUGAUCACAAGACAGGAAGCAAAAUUAUGAAACCUAUUUGUGUUCAAGAUUAUAAUGAGAAUAUGGGUGCAAUCGAUUUAGUUGAUAUGCAAUCAAGUUUUACCGAAUGCAUUAGAAAAAUGCUCAAAUGGUAUAAAAAAUUCUUUUUCCAUAUCGUUGAUAUGGCUUCAAUUAAUGCUUUUUAUUUAUAUAAAACUCAAAAUUUAAAGAAUUUACAACUGAAAGAAUUUCGUCUUCAAUUGAUAAAAAAUAUUGGAUCGAAAUAUGGUGAUCAGAAACAACUUUCUCUUGGAAGACUACCAACUGAUCCACAACUCCGGUUAUCAGCUAGACAUUUUCCAUCGCUUGUAGUAUCAACUGCCUCAAAAGUAGCUGCUCAAAGGAGAUGUUAUGUAUGCUCUCAUACAGUACAACGGGAAAAAACAACCAAAUAUACAAGAUAUCAAUGUGAAGCAUGUGAUGUUGGGUUAUGCAUAUCUGACUGUUUUCAAGCUUAUCACACUCUAAAACACUUUUGA